AUGACACUAGGGAGAAACCUGGCAAGGGUGAUCUGGCUUGGUUUUGCCCUUCGUGUCCUCAGCCUGGCAUCAACAUACCUGAUAACUGGCAAGACAAGUACGAAAGGCAAGUCAUCUAUUGUUGGUUCGGAUUAUAAGGAGGCUGGCUUUCUCUUCUAUACAACAUUCAAGAACAUUAUACUGACCGGCCAGCUUUGGCUCAUUUCGCAAAGAUUCGUUGUGGAUGGAAACUUUACUGCUCAACAUAUGACUAUGAAAAAGCCACAGUUAGACAUUAGUCUUUCAGAUGGUCUUGGUUAUAUGGUGAAAGAGAGAGAAUAUCAGACUCAUCUCUCAUUGGCUGUCGAAAGUAAGGAGCAAUCACCGAGCAAUCAACACUGCAAAUAUCAGCAGGACAUAGUUGAUUUUCAGAAGGGCGAAAAGAGAGUUGCUGAGAGCCAAGGCUUAUCCGUACCAGAAAAUAUGCAGAUCAUCCCUGCGGUUGGAAAAUUCCAUCUCAGCGCUCACAAAUUGGCUUGCUUUGCAAGGUACAGCCUCAACUUUGUUCAAGGCGCUGGACAUGUUGAUGGGGAGAUUUUGGAGACCUUAUGGGCACCAUUCAAUAAGAUUUCCCCAACUGCUCGGUCAAUGAGUCAUGCUCAUCGCCAAGAAGUUCUUGAUGAUCAUAUGAGAGACUCAAACUGGAAAAAAAUAGUUGGAAUAACGAAGACUCUCUUGACCAAGUAUAAACGUGCUCUCAAAGGCGUUGAUGAGACAAAAUCUCCUUUUGAUGAACUGGCCCAGUCUCUGAAUCCUGGGAAGAUUUUGAUGUGGGAAAUUGAUGAGAAAAAGGCUGUGGAAGAAUGUGGGGAGUAUCUUGACAUCUACCAGUUGCAGAUCAACAAAGCCCCAACUAUGGCAGAGAUUCGGCUCAAAUUAACCGAGUUUGAGAACGUUGACGACAGACUUCCAGGAACAGUAUCUUGGCUCAUCACUGGUAUCAAUCUGGAGGAUUUACAGGAUGCAUUGAGAGCGAAUAUACGACAACUUCCUAAUGAUGCAACCUCUGCUCAGAAAGCUUCUAUAGAAGAAAAGAGACAGAGAUUGGCAGCUAGGAUUGCCAAAUUUCAUGAAACUGCCGAUGCUAUGACUGCUGGCAUGGAUCUUGAUAUUGGAACAGUGCAUUCUGACGAUCCUAGAUUCUGUCGUACAGAUAACGAUGGUAAUGAGUGGGUGGAGGUUUCAGAUGAAGAGAUCUCAGAGGAUAUAGAUGAAGAAAUCCUCACAGAAGAGAUGGGUAUCUGGAUGCCAUCUUCGACUUCUCGACACAACAGAUUGACUCUUGGGCUGGGCCCCCUUCAAGCUGAAGAGUUGGAACUUCAAAAAGGCCAAGCCAACGACUGCCUAGAAAACCUUCGUAUGGCUCUCGGUCACAAGGCCCUUAUUUAUCGUCAGUAUUUUCGAAGUGCCGAUUCUACGUGGGCUGGCACCAGGUCGAAGCAAGAAGCUCGUCGAUGUCAGCUCAAAAUUGACAAAUAUGUAAGAAGCUAUCAGAGGGCAAGGUCAGCAAUGCAACAUCUAGGCAUGGACGAAGCUACCUUGGGCAGUAUUUAUCGAGAAAUAUUGCCCACCGAACUGAGUAUAGACAAAGAGGUGACAGAAGAAAAUAGAUUUGGUCAAGGGUCAGACAGACUGGCUUGGUUUUGGAGGGUGAAUAAUGCCAGCGAAGGUCAAGAAGAUGCUUGGAUGGAUGAAUUCUAUAGGGUCAACUGGUUGAAGGCAAAGGCUAGAUGGAGUAGAUGGCAGGAGGAGUUGAGUCUGGUAAGACAUGAAAUGGGUUGGACCAUAAACUGGUUCAAGUAUCACCAGAAAGAAUGGAACAGAAGGUGGCAGCAAGCGACUAGACCUGGUCAUCAAGCCUAUGCUUAUCAACAGGUCUUGAUGUGGGGAAGGUUUGCUCAGGAUGCUGAGAAGGCUUUCAAUGGGUGUGGAUUUGUACCUUGA